AUGGGUCAGAUGAUCGAAGUAGACGGCAUUGGCCUGAAUGCUGUCUUCAUCCUCAUCAUGUCGCGCAUGUCGCAGGCCUCGGGCUCCAUCCUGCCGCCGCUGAGCUCGCUGGUGGGGCCCAAGAAGGUGUCUCCCACCGAUGGGCAGAGGGAGCGAGAGGAGUCAGCGGACUCAGGCUGCAGCUCCCUGAGCGGCUUUGCCAAGUCCCUGCAGAAGGCAGAGGCCCUGCUGUGGAACUGCGUGAACCCCAGUGUGCGGCGCCUCCUGCAGCAGCAUGCCAGCGCCAGUGCCUACGACAGCGACGAGGAGGACUCGCCCGGCGCCCUCGCCCGCCUGGCCCAGGUGGAGCACAGCUUCCUGGGGCUCAGCCGCUGCCUCUGCGUGCAGGAGAACCCCCGCACGGAGACCUUCCGAGGCCACGUCAAGCCGGCGGCCAGUGACACGGCCCAGGGCGCCUUCUCCUACCACCCCAUCUACCCCCGCGUGGCCAAGCACUGUGCCACCUUGCACGCCCUGCUGCAGCACCGCCACCGCCUCCGCCUCUCCCACGAGUACAGCCGCCGCCUCAAAGGGGCCUCGGACUUCGUCCGCCACCUCCUGGCUCUCUUGGCGCUGAAGGACCCGGGCGGAGACCCUGGGGGGAGCAGGCAGCUCAGGGGACUCUGUGAGGAGCUGCGGACUCACACCAGCCACUGGAGCGGGCUGCAGCGCAAGAUGCGCAGCGACCCCUGGCUGCGGGUGCUGCUGCUGCAGCAUCACGAGUCGGUGACGCACAUGAAGCGGGCGCUGGGCCUGCUGGCCCUGCAUGCCAUCCGCCUGGUGGAGCGCUACGUGGAGGUGCUGCUGCACUGCCUGGCACGGGCCAGCCCCGCCGCCGUCUCCCCUGCCCAGCUCUCCGACCUGUUCCAGGGCCUGGAGAUCUACAACCACGUGCUGAGCGACCAGGCCCUGGAGCGGGCCUCCAGCGAGCCGGGGGCUGAUCCCGCCACCCCACUCCGGCGCAAAGGGGAGGUGGGGGGUGGUGCUCAGGCCUAUCCCAUUGGGCGGGUGCUGGGCGUGCUGGCAGCCGAGAGAGGCAGGCUGGCCGCCCACAGACUCCAGCAGCUCCUCCUGCAGCAGGCACAGCGGACACAGCGGGACUGCCUGGAUCAGGUGUACUGGGAGAAUGCUGUGGUGCCUUGGUCCAUGGACCGCAGCAGCAUUAGCGAGACAGAUGUGGGGUCCCCUGGGCCCCCCACAGUGGAGGAGCUGCCGAGCCUCCCCGCGGAGCUGCAGGUGCUGUGCAGGGAGGACAAGGAGCUCCUGGACCUUGUUCUGGGAGUCCUGGUGGCCUCCACCGACACGCUCUGGCACCAUGUGCUCAAGAGGCCCAAGCAGGAGAAGCCCCCGGCAGAGGAGGGCCAGGAGCCCCCGCUGGUGCCGGCAGCCAGCCCGGGCCUGGACGAGAGGCUGAGCUUGGCCUCCCUGCCCAGCUGGAAGUCCGUGCGCUGGCUGGACGCGUCCUACUCGGAGGCUGCCGAGGUUCUGUAUGCGCAGUACCGCCCGCUCUUCUGGGAGGCCGCGGCCACCUCACUGGCUCAUCGCCUGGAGCUGCGGCAGGACCAGGCACAGCCCUGCGGAGGCCUGCCCCAGUGCUCAGAAAGAGCAACAGCCACGCUGGCGCGGGAGCUGAGCCAGGCGCUGAGUCAGGCCCGCGUGCCCCUGGAGUGCGAGGCGGCGCUGCGGCGCCUGUGCCUGUGUCUGAUCUCUCAGGCUGUCUUCCAGAGCUGGGACCGAGGGUUCUGCCAGGCCCUGGGCUCCAGCCUCAGCGAUAAGUGCGUGCCUGGGCCCAGGACAGCGGGCAGGGCGCACAGCAGGACUGCCCAGCUGCUCCGGGAGCUCCACCCUCCCCUGGCCUUCGCCCUGAAAUGCCUGGAGCCUCGGCUCGCUGCAAGGACUGCGGGCGGCGACCUCGUCUGGCCGAGUCUCCGGCUGGAGCUGCUGAGUCGCUGCCUGGCCACGGGGCAGGCCUCCUGCUCCUGGCUCAUGGCCAAGGCCUAUCAGCACCUUGCGGUCUGGUCCCUCUGCCCGUUCCUGCUCGUCACCCAGGGAGAUCUCCAGCUGUUAAAGGCAGAGACCACCAGGUUGGCAGAGCUCGUGAGUGGGGCCUUCCCUGAGGGGGGGGACAGCCCCAGGUGGGUGCGGCCGGCCCUCGGCUCCCACCAGGAGCGGCAGCUGUGCCUACAGAUCCACUCCACUGCCACCAGCAUCCAGCUGGGUAGGCUGAGGGCGGGGCGGCCCCACGGUGGCGGCGCUGGACGGAGGCUGGCUCUGCUCCAUCUCCUGGCACACGUGCCCGGGACCCUGCUACGUCCUGGCAGGGCGCGCUGUCGUCCUUGCUGGAGUAAGCUGACAGGUGCCCGAGGGUGGGGGUGCCAAGCCGGGCUCUCCCGGGGGUGCUGGCCCAGCUCCCCCUCUGUUCCCCAGAGCUUCUCGCAGGACGUGCUGCGGAUGUUCUCCAGCGACUGCAAACGGAUGUCGGCAGAGAUCUUCAGCCAGACCAUGCCGCUGGGCAAGCAUUGGAGAGCAGGCCUCCGUGCAGACCUGCCCAGCACCCCGAGUGAGUACGCCUUGGCCGCCGCCCAGAGUGUCCUGGGCCAGGUCCUGCAGGGCAUCCAGCUGCUCCCGCACGAGUCCCAGGUGCCCGCGCUCACCCACGUCAUGACAGCCUUCGUGGAAGCCUGGAUGGACCACAUCCUCACCCAGAAAAUCAAGUUCAG